AAGCAUUGGCGGCUUCUACCGUUUCUGUAGCACGACACUCCUCUCCCGCAGCAGCAGCACAGAUAGCAUGUUCAAGAAAUUCACCAAGGACGACGUCCAUACCCGUACGAACGUCAAGGCGUCCGUCUCCAAGACUUUGAAGUCCAAACUUGUCACGCAGUACCCAAAGCUCGAGGAGUACAUUGACGAGAUAAUCCCGAAGAAGGUGCCUGUGUCAUUAUUCAAGUGCGAAGACAAGAUACAACUAUACGUUGUGGACAACCAGGUGCUAUUCUACCAGCAGUUUGAUGACUUGAUUCCGGCGUUGCGUGUCGUGCACAAAUACCCAGAGGCUUUCCCACGCGUGCAGGUCGACAGAGGCGCCAUCAAGUUCGUGCUCUCUGGAGCCAACAUCAUGUGUCCUGGUUUGACGUCUGCCGGCGCCAAGUUGCCAGACGAAGAUUGGCCCAUCGACAAAAUCGUCACUGUCUACGCGGAAGGCAAGGAAAGCGCAAUGGCCGUCGGCAAAUUGGCAAUGUCCAUCCAUGACAUCAAAACAAUCAACAAGAACACCGGUAUAGAGCUAUAUGAAUACCUUGGUGACGGAUUAUGGCAUUUCAAAACAGACUAAUGGCUACAAUUUUUUCUUUCCUUCUCUUUCCUUUGGUAUAAUCAAAUUAACACUGUGCUUUUCUAUCUAUCUACACCUAUAUACAUU